UUCUAACUGCUUAACCUGACAGUAACUUACAGCGGCAUCUCUUUCUUGGUCUAUGUCACACCUCUCCACCAGGUUACACAAAAGUCUGUCCAUAUGUUUUUUCAGUUAUCUUGGUGACUGUGUGGCCAACUGACUGACAGACUGCCCAACCAACCAACUGUGUGCGUGUUGAUUUGUUCAGAAAGAAACAAGGAAGUAUGAAGCGUCAGAGUUUCUCCUCUGAUGAAGAGAGGGUGAAGAGACAGAAACAGGUGACAUCAAGCCUCACCCAAAGUUUAGCAGAAGACUGGGGGAACCUCCCUCAGCAUGUGGUCCUGCAGAUCUUCCAGCAUCUCUCCCUUGUGGACCAGGCCAAGGCCUCAUCUGUGUGCCGGCGCUGGAAUGACGUCUUUCACACACCUGACCUGUGGAGGAGGUUUGAGUUUGAGCUCAAUCAGCCGUCCACGUCAUACCUGCGUUCCACUCACCCUGACCUCAUUCAGCAGAUUAUCAAGAAACACGCUCAGCACCUGCAGUACGUCAGCUUCAAGGUGGACAGCUGCACAGAAUCUGCAGAGGCGGCCUGUGACAUUCUGUCCCAGCUGGUCAACUGCACCAUUAAAACUCUGGGGCUAAUCUCAACCGCUCGACCCAGCUUCAUGGAUGUAUCUCAGGCUCACUUUGUGUGUGCUCUGACGGUGGUGUUUGUAAAUUCUAAGUCCCUGUCCUCCAUCAAGAUCGAUGACACACCUGUGGAUGACCCCUCCCUGAAGGUCUUGGUUGCCAACAACAGUGACACCCUUAAACUGCUGAAGAUGAGCAGCUGUCCUCAUGUCUCCCCAGCAGGUAUCCUGUGUGUGGCCGAUCAGUGCCAUGGUCUCAGGGAGCUGGCACUGAACUACCAUCUGCUGAGUGAUGAGCUCCUCCUUGCCCUCUCCUCAGAAAAACACGUUCAUUUGGAACACCUUCGCAUUGAUGUGGUUAGUGAAAACCCAAGUCCAACAUACUUCCACACCAUCAAGAGAAGCAGCUGGGAGGCCCUGGUCCGACACUCCCCGAAGGUCAACAUCGUCAUGUACUUCUUUCUCUAUGAGGAGGAGUUUGAGCCCUUCUUUCGUGAGGAGACCCCCGUCACCCAUCUGUAUUUUGGCAGAGCAGUUAGCAAAGAGAUGCUUGGCCGCAUCGGACUCAACUGCCCUCGGCUGGUGGAACUGGUGGUUUGUGCCAAUGGCCUGGAGCCUCUGGAUGAAGAGCUGAUCCGUAUAGCUGAACGGUGCAAAAGCUUGACGGCCAUCGGGCUGGGCGAGUGCGAGGUGACCUGCACUGGUUUUGUGGAGUUUGUGAAGAUGUGUGGGGGAAGGCUGACACAGCUGUCAAACAUGGAAGAGGUGUUUAUCCCAGACAGCAGCUUCAACAUGGUGCAGAUCCACAGUGAGGUGUCCAAGCACCUGGGCCGCAUUUGGUUCCCUGAUAUGAUGCCCACCUGGUAGACUGCUAUAAAACCUUAAUUGAAAGAUUUACAGUGCAUCCAGAAAGUAUUCACAGGGGUUCACUUUUUUCACAUCUUUUUUAAUGUUACAGCCUUAUUUCAAAAUGGAUGAAAUUAAUUUUUCCCUCA